CGCCCCUCACAGGCCGCCGCCGCGUGGAAACUCGCGAGAUCCGCCCGCUCCGCCCCCUUGUUUGGAGCCGGAGGUGGCGCCGUGUGGGUCCGAAAUGGACCUGAUCUUAGAAGAUGCAGUGCACUAGAUGUGGUGUUUGGAACAGAAUUAGUCAUGGCAUCAGAACUAUGUAAAACAAUCUCUGAGGCAAAGCUGGAAAAGCACAAGAAUUUGUUCCUAAAUUACAGAAAUCUGCAUCAUUUUCCUUUGGAGUUACUGAAGGAUGAGGGGCUGCAGUACUUGGAGAGACUUUAUAUGAAACGAAAUUCUCUGACCACAUUGCCAGAAAACCUUGCACAGAAGCUUCCAAACCUCGUGGAAUUGUACCUUCAUUCAAAUAACAUAGUUGUUGUACCUGAAGCCAUUGGCUCCCUCGUUAAACUGCAGUUUCUGGACCUAAGUGAUAAUGCCCUUGAAAUUGUGUGUCCAGAGAUCGGUCGCCUGAGAUCUUUACGUCAUCUUCGUUUGGCUAACAACCAGCUGAAAUAUUUACCUGCAGAGGUUGGAGAUCUGAGGGAGCUGCAAACACUGGAUAUUUCAACCAAUCGCUUGAUAACGUUACCCGAAAGGCUGCAUAUGUGCCUCUCACUGCAAUACCUGACUGCAGACCGGAACCACCUGUGGUACGUUCCCCGCCAUCUGUGCCAGCUCCCAAGCCUCAACGAGCUCUCCAUGGCUGGGAACCGCCUUGCAUUUCUGCCUCUGGAUUUAGGUCGGUCACGGGAGCUACAAUAUGUUUAUGUGGAUAACAACAUUCAUCUCAAAGGCCUUCCAUCGUUUCUGUAUAAUAAAGUCAUUGGUUGCAGCGGAUUCAGAAUUAAUGUCAGUUUAAGGAGGAUUACUGCAGCUGCCAGCUCUUCUCCUUUUGCAACAAAUGUUCUAUUAAUUGCUGACUUUCAGUAUUUGCAUGUUAAGCCAGAAGUCGGUGCAGUUAUUCUGAAGGAGUUUAUAAUGAUAAUCUGUGGUUCUCCAAUUCAAGUUUCAGAGGUGAAACUGCUUUCUUUUUCAUCGGGACAGUUAACUGUGUUCCUGCCAGCAGAGGUGAAGUCUAUAGGGACAGAAACAGAUCGUGUGCUGCCUUUGCAAGAAUUGGCAAUGAGGACCCUCUAUAACACUUACUACGUGUAUUUGAAAGAUUUGAAUUUUCUUACUCCAAUCUCACUACCAAAAAGCCUCUUGGAAUUGUUGCACUGUCCCUUGGGACACUGUCACCGCUGUAGCCAACCGAUGUUUACCAUUGUCUACCCAAAGCUCUUUCCCUUAAGGGAAACUCCAAUGGCAGGAUUGCAUCAAGGGAGGACAACUGUUAGUUUUGUGGCAUACUGCUGCUCCACCCAGUGUCUGCAGACUUUUGACCUACUGAGUUGAUAAACAUUUUAAACUACUCAGGAGUGCUGCCAGUUUAAAGCUGCAUUAGACAUCGUAUCCCGUUGGUACUGGAAUACAGUGUGUGUGCCAAAGCAGCAGAAGUGCCCAGUUGGGAACAUUAAGAGGCACUUAAAUCCUGUCCUAUCAAAUUUGGAUGAGGUGCAGAAACUUUUUCAGAAGUGUAAAUAUCAAGUUCUUAAGAGCAUUAGCUUCUCUCAUCAAAGACAGCGUACAAACCAGAUGUAUUUUUGCGUUCUAAGCCCCAAGAUUUGCAGUGUGUUUCAAAUGUGACUGCCUUCAGGUGGAUCCACUGAGUCCUCUGGGGCAGUUUUCGUUCCUCUAACAGUGUCAAACUGACUUAUAAUUAAAAAAAUACAUGCCCAAACAGUUUCUGUUUAUUGCUCCCAUCUUUUACGUUCUACAUUUGGAUUCAGAUGUGUGAAUCUAAGCCUGUACACGCCUUUGAAGGAGCCCUGUGAAUUUCUCAUUGAACUUAGUUUUGUUUUAUUUCUCUCAAUAUUUUUCUCUCAAUAUUUUCCUCCACAGAGUUAUCCUAGUUUUAUACCAAGUCUUUAACAGGCAACCAUGCUAUUUAAAUUAAUGUAUUUAAGGCAAAUUUUUGGUUCUGGUAUUACUAUGAGCUGUGCUGAUUCCACUGGAGUACCUGGGAUAUGUCUGGAGACUGAAGGUGCUGUUUGAGUAACAAAGGCCUAUACUGAUAUCUACAGUAAGUGAUGUUGCUCUGGUGUGUUGGCUGAUGAUUUUAAUUUUCAUCACUUAUGUGCUUUAUUUUUAAUAAAAACAAGUUUCCCUUUUGCUGUGUUCCAAAUUCUUCAGGAACAAGACAUUAAGUACAAAUUUCACUUGGAAAAAAUAGUAAUGUAAAUAUUUAUCCCUAUUUACUCUAUUUUGACACUUGCAGCCAGUAGACCUGCACAGAGUUGGUCUUCAUUGCUCAAGGUUCUGCAUUUGAUUGGUGAGAGCUUCUCUCUGUGGAGUGUGUUAACCUUAGAGGAGGCUGGAGAAGGGGAGGGAUGGAAGUACGUUUAUGUCCAUGGGUAGGCAUACAUACAUACUUACAUGCCUUCACUAAAGAGCUGUGAUAAAAUCUUUUAGUGUAUAUUCUACACUGUUCAUACUCAUUUUAAAGGACAAAAAAUGUUUGGUUUUUUUUCAUAAAGAUUUUCUUUAUAAAAAAGCAGUUUAAAUAGUUAUCCUUUUUUUUACUUGCUUUCCCAUACAUAAACUUUUAAUAUAUUUAUUUAAAAUAAUUAGUUAUAAGCUCUUUGUUGACCUAGCAGUGUUCUGCUCUGUGCAGGAGUUAUAUGCUGAAAUAAAUCUGAAUGAAAAAGCUAGAAAGAUAUCGAGAUAGAGAAGUGUCCUUGGUAGUGUAUUAGCACUAUCUUGUGAUGAGGUGUGCAUAGUUUGGAGGGAGGAGGCACCAAAAUGUUUUCCUUGUGCCAGAGAAGCAUUUGUUCCUAUUGCAGGCUUCAUGGCAUCUCUUCAAUAAACAGAGGAUCUUAAGAGCUUGAAAGAGCACCAAAAGGACGGUUAUUGAGGGUGGAAUUUCUGGGUUGUGCAUGUUACUUGUAAAAAGUGUUGCUGGUUUUAUUGGGUUGAUCUUUUUAGGGAGUUAAAUUAGCAUUAAGAAAUGUAGAACUUAAUCCUUCAGGAAUGCGAGUAUCAUCUACUCGAAGAAUUGUGAAACUUUCUAAAAUAAAUCCCGUUUAAUAAAUUUACUUUGCAGUAGGGGAAAGAGCCGUUGCCAAACGGACUUGUUUUUUACUACUGGAUUUCUUACUGUCACUGGACUAAUUUUGUUUCAAUGCUGGUAUCCCCAGCAGGCCUUCCCACACAGUGGGGUUUACAAAACAAAAUUUAUCUUCAGCUGUUUUUUCUUCAGAACUGCACAUUUGAAAUGCAGAGUACCCAUGUACAGUAUCUGCCUAUGUCAGAAGGGUGCAGGUGUAGUGCAGGAGCCAGUAUUCUUAAUGGUUGGACAACUACAGUAGUGGUACGAAGACAAGUUUUGAGAACAAUUGUAUAAUUGGGAGUUUCUGUUAUUAUUUUUACUGUCAUCUUUUGUAAUGUUUGAGGGAGGAAUUUUGUUGGAAGUUUGUUCUCUUUUUGUAGAAACUCACAGACUUUAAAACCAAGUAUUGCCAAACUUAAUCAUAAAUUGAAUUUUAUUUUAGAAUUAAAUCUUUUGAUCAACUGAAGGACACCACUGUUUGUUUGAUUUGGAGUCAGAUGGUAAGAGUAGAGCUUGGCUUUCAUUUAUUUUCUUCCCAUAAUCAUUUUUCAAUUCAUAUCAGUCUAUUAUUGUCUGCAAGUGCAGUUCAGCAGAAGAAAUUCCAGUCUGUUCUAUAAGCAGGAUGAAUCUUAACUAACAUUUUAAUAGAUGAUAUUUCAAGAAUGGAAUGUUCAAUGAAUAAAUGACUUAAACAUGCAAUUGAAGCUGAAAUGUCAUAUUCUAUUUUUAUGGGAAAAAAAGGAAGAGGAAAGCCAAUAUAUAGACUGAAGACGCAGCUUAAUUCCAAGUUUCUUUGAUGUUUUUGAUACAAACAGUGUUUGUAUUCAUCUGUAUCUGUGGGUGAUAUUGUCCUGGAUUAAAAUAACUCCAUUCUCACUGGUCCAAAUUCUUCUAAAGAAUCUCUGCUAUAAAAGUACUUCAUAACGGGUUAACAAGAGAGCCAGCUCUGCUGGUUGUGGGGAGGAGUGGGAGCUUGCUGCUGGUUGCACUGCAUCACUAGAUUCACAGUAUGAGGUUAAAUGCUUUCUGGCUUCUCUUUAAGGCAUUUAUUUCUUGAUAAUUUUUGAUUGCUCUUGUUGGUCAGCUCAGUUCACGUUCCGUUUCUCCUUGUACUGCAUAAAAAUCUGGUUUCAGCAGUUAAAAAAAAGACCCCUUUUUGUCAUAUAAAUAGAUCUCAAGACUUUGCUUAUGGUGGAAGCAGGAGAAACUUCUGAUUUAUUUUUUUCUAGGCGUAAUAAAGAGAGAGGUGUGAAGGAGGAUAGAGAUAACAUCAAGUUACAAACUUAUUGCUAUAAAUUUUUUCUGAGGGACAUUAACUCCUAUCGUGAUUAAAGAGCACGUGUUUACGUUUUGUUUGUUAUAUCAAGCGCUGUGUUAAUGAAAUGUAGACCCUGCAGAACUGUGCAUAUAGAUCUAACUUCUUGUUCUACCACAAAGAGGAAAAGGGGAGUCUCUGGCUUUGUGGAAAACUACUACUUGAGCACUUCUACACUGGCCCCUGUUACAUUUGAAGUAUUAUUCCUGGGAACCUUCCUGCUGCUGCUCCUUGGGGGGGAUGAGCGAUACCAGUAUCCUUUGCUGAGUGAAGAACAAGCUCUUAAAUCAGUAAGUGGGCAUUUUUCUCUUUCAGCCCAAUGCUCCUCAUGAGUUCUUAUGAAGUCCAUCACAAACUUUGCUUACUUCAUUGUGGUGAUCUUGGGCUGAGCAGACUGGAGCUGCUUUGAUUUGCCAAGUUGACUUCAGUUGUUACAAAUCAAAUUCUACUGAAUUCCUUUUUCUGGUAUGAAAGAGGACAAGCCUUGAAAUACCUGUGUGGUAACAGCACGUCAGGUUUUACUGACAGCACAGCCAGGCUGAAGACUGGAGAGUGGCAAACCUUGUUGUUGCAAGAUGUUACAGCGAACUUGUGCUGGAAGAGACUGAGUAAACUGAAUCCAGAGCUUUUAUUACUUUUUGUAUUACCAACCAAUUUUGUAAGAGACUGAAGGUCUGCUGGAACAACAUGGCAAGGUUCAAGUGAAGCCUUCACUGUUUUUACUGUAUGUCCCUUCCUUGGUUUACAACUUGAACGUGGAUUGCAAAGGAGUUUACUCUGUGUUUGUUGAAUGUAUGUUGCCUUUUUGCUCUGUAUUCACCAAGUUGUCAGUCAGUGUGAAGGUGAGCUUGGUAGAUUUUUUAUUUAAAGUUAGUGGUGCAAUUUAUUGUACGUCCUUGUUAAUAAAUCAUAUUUUUUAUACAA